UCCAACUGAAAGUUCCCCAGCUCUGCGGGAACUUGGCUGUGGUGACCUUCCUGGCUCCUCUAGCAGUGCUUGACUGGUUGGCGAUUCUUUCCUAAGUGCCAUUGUUGGGUGGUAGAGGCAACAAAAGUGCAGGGGUCGGGGGAGCAGAGGCCUCUCCAACGUCCUGGGUUUUGCCAUGUGGAAUGCUUAUGGUUGGUCUCCCCUGGUCAACCCCCCCUCACUGAAGAGUACUCCCGUUGUUAGCCCUGUUGUCGACCCUAAUAUUAAGAGAAGCAGACCUGGGUAUGGCAAAAUCAAAGAAAAAGAUCUCAAGAAGAUCCACAGAGCUGCUCUCAAAGGCGAUGUCUAUGAAGUGGAGGAGCUUCUUAUGCGGCGUAAACGUACCUUGAAUAAGGUGGACGCGCAACGCAGGACUCCCCUCCAUUUGGCCGCAGCCCAUGGUCACAGUGCAGUGGUCACUCUGCUUGCAGAGAGAAAAUGCAACCUUAACCUGUGUGAUGCCGCGCACAGGACAGCUCUGGUGAAGGCAGUACAAAACCAGGAAGAAGAAUGUGUACGUAUUCUUCUAGAACAUGGUGCUGAUCCAGAUAUUUUGGACGCUGAUGGCAACUCUGCGCUCCACUAUGCUGUUCAAAAUGAAAAUGAGUCCAUAAUAACAAAGCUGCUUUUACACAAAGCAAAUAUUGAGUUACAAAACAAGAUUGGAUAUACACCACUUUUAUAUGCUGUGAGUCAAAAAAAAAAUAAAUUAAUAGAGUUUUUGCUAAGCAAGGGAGCAAAUAUAAAUGCUGUUGAUAGGUUUGGAAGCUCAGCCCUCGCGUUUGCUGCAUGCCAUGAUUCACCAGAGGUCAUUCAUAUUCUCCUCCGGCAUGGCAUUGAUUGCUCUUCUGAAGAUCGGGGUGGAAGGACUGCUGACCAGUAUGCUCUUCUUCAUGGUUAUAUUAACAAUCACAAAAUAAUACUUGACCAUAAAAGUGAAAAGGACAAACAGAACAAAAAGAAUGAAAAGAACGAAAAGGAAGAAAUGAAGGAAAAUGAUAAAAAGAAGGAAGAGAAUGAUCUAGUUGAAUGGACAGAAGUACACACAUUUUCAGGACCAGGAUCAAGCACAGAUUCAAGUAAAGCAAAAAAGAAUUCUCACAAGGACACUCUUAAGAGGCGUCCCAUGAAACUAAACUUUGAUGAUUCGUGUUCUACAUUAUCCGAAAUCGUAGAUUUUGAAACUAAGGUAAUGUGAGCUUUGUGAAAUGUUCUGCUCUGAAUUUCGUUUCCAUUUAGUAUCUCAGUGUGGCAUUCAUUCAUUCAUGAAUUAUUGCCCCAUUGGUUUCCUUUUUUCUUUCUGUCUUGAAAGAAGCUGACUUUAUUAAUACAUGUUUUAAUGUUUAUUGGGGUAAAUUUGAUUUAUAACACUGUAUAUAUUCUAUGGAUAUAGUUUCACACCUCAAAAAAUGUACGUUAUUAUACCACACCCACCACUAAAGCCCCUAUAAUCCUGCACCAUAUUCACUGGGCCUCAUCUGCACUUCACUUCCUCUCUGCCCCUCUGGUAGCCUUGUUUCUAUAGUCAUAUUUUAAGGGUUCAUUUUGGUUUGUUCUCUUCUUACUUUGCUUCUUUAUUAAAUUCUACAGAUAAGUGCAAUUAUCUAGAGUUAUCCCAGAGUCUUAGAAUCAUGAAAGGGAUCAAAAAAGAGUCAAAAUGAGAGAGAUUGUUAUAAAAACCUGACAGAAAUAGUGAGGUUGAGUGAGAGCAGGAAAUUUAUAAGAAUGUAGGAGGCGAGUCCACAGGAAUGGAGGGAGCAGACCCCAUCAUGGAUGUGUGCCUGAAAGAGCCUGAACCUGUCAUGGACAGAUGCAGUGGGGGCAGCCAUCAGCGUACCCCCGGAGAGUGGGGGCAGCCAUGGGCGUACCCCCAGAGUGGCAGCAGCCACAGGUGUGCCCCAGGGGAGUAAUCUUAUUUUUGUGGACGUCCCCACAAUGGGGAGGAACUCCCCUAGACCUGAGCAUCCUCAGGCCUCGACAUAUUAUCUGUCUUUGGCAUUCCCUCUUCUCUGGGUGGAAGGCAGGCUGCCUCAGAAUUCCUAUUUAAGAAGAACAGCUUGCAUUUAGCCCACAUAUGGCUAAUCUUACUACCAUUUAACAAGAAACCCCUGUAGCAUUUAUGAUGAGUUGCAAUGCAAGACCAAGAGGCCUAGCUCUGACACUGUAAGAUCUAAGAUAGGGCCUCCCUUGGUGGUGCAGGCGGUUGAGCGCCAAGCUGUGGGACUGCCCACAGCCUCUGCAGUGCUGGUUCGAUCCUGGCCGGCCAGUGAGGGUCCCACAUGGCGCGGCAGACCUCUCCUGUUGCGCCCACUGCUCCCCUCAGUAGUGUGUUUCAUCAGUGUGCCUGUUCUGUUUCCCACUUUGUCUCUGGUGAGUCCUCUCACCCUCCCGCACAUCUGGCCUGUACCCUGGUUCUUGGAUGAAUAAAUAAAUAAAUCUUUAAAAAAAAAAAAAGACCUAAGAUAGCUGACUGGAUUUGUGUUAGUCCCUCACAAAUCUUGAAGGUAAGGCAGAUAUAACAAUAACCUUCAGAGUUGAACCUCGAGUUAAAGGCUUGGGUCCACUUAUUAACCAAGGAGAGGAAAUCUUCUUCCCAUAGCAAGGGGAGGAAACUAUCAAAUUACCAGUGACAUAGGAAGGCACUUAGAAGACAAGAAUUCAGAGAGGGGGAACUUUCAGAGGGGGAGCACUACCUGACCAAGAACAAGGCCGGAUGGGUUCCUGGCUACUUGUGGCUCAUUGCAGUUGAUUAUGAUGAAAAGGAAGUAGUGAACGAAUGUGGUUCGAGUUAGGGAAGAGCACUAGAAAAUUGGUCAUGAAAAGCAGGUCCAGGUCUCGUUUUUACAAUCCCAAGAGGUGGAGAGCUGCGGGAUGGGACAUGUGGAAUGCUUAUUAGGAGUUCCUGCAUUGCUGCACCCUUCUUGCGGUUGGCAGGACUAGAGCUAACCCAGGGUGCACGCCAACUUAUCCUUUCACGGGAGACUUCUAGAAAGCAGCAGCCGGCCCUAGUGGCCUUUUACAUGGCUGACCCGUGUCCACUAUUUUUUUUUUUUUUUUUUUUUUUGCGGCAAGAGUGAGACCUAGUUUGAAAACAGAACUCAGGAGCCAGCUCUGUUCCCCAGGUAGAGAGGGAACAGCGGCUCGACUGAGAUUGAUUAGCAACGGAGUGAGGCAAAGAGAGAGGCAUGAGGUGUUCACUCGUCGGGCUUAGGGCAACUGGAAGGUCGUGCCUCCAUGUUUUGGGACCCGCCAAAGAGUAGCCUUGGCCUGAGCCCCUCAGUCUUUGUAGGACAGCCAAACAGUCGCCAAACACCAACUCCUCUCAAAAAGGAGGUUAUAAUAGCAUGAAGAUAGAGAAAACUGGAGAAAUCUUACUGAUGCCAUGGAAAACCAAAUGUUGGGAGCCAAAAUGAUGUGGUUUUUUGGAGUGCAGGGUCCUUGGGUUCACCCUGGGAAAGUUUUCACCAGAGCUCCUGUUUCAGUGACAUGCAGCGAGUUUCUCCACGAGACAGAGGUGAUGGUUAUAUUUAUUUUUUUAAAGAUUUAUUUUAUUUAUACAAGAACCGGGGUAUAGACCAGAUGUGCAGGAGGGUGAGUGGAUUCAACAGAGACAGAGCAAGGAACAGAACAGGCAGAUCUACUGAAAUACACUGCUGAGGGGAGCAGCAGGUGAGACAGGAGAGGUGUGCUGCACCUUGUGGGUUGCUCCGCGCCUGUGGGGAUCGAACCGACACUGCAGAGGCUGUGGACAGCUUCACAGGACUGUGCUCAACUGCCUGCACUGUCAGGGAGUCCCCAGUAGUUAUGUUUAAAUAGCAGGUUUAUUAGAAAAGGAACAGGACAGUAAAAGACACUUGCAUAGACACAAGUGGGCAGAAAGAGCUGUUCCAAAAGGGACAGGUUUGCUAAUAGAGGCCUGCAUGGUUGCAGGUGGGCGGCAUUGAGGAGAGCCGCCUCCACUGAGGGAGGUCAGUGAGGAGAAGUCCUGGCAUGGUGUAGGUCAUGGACAGGCAGGAAGGCUGCUGCCCUGCAGAGGGAGAAGUUUGGUGAGAAGAAGACCCUGCAUAGUCACAGGUGGGCAGACAGAGUGUUGCCCUGUUGGGAGCUGCCUUAGGUUUUAUAAUCUUCAGGAAGGGCCUAAUCUUUGUGGGUGGAUGGUUUGUGCCUCUAUGGCAGUCUGAUAAUUUCUGGGUGUUGCACCUCCUGAUCUGGGCGUUGAUGACUAAGAGUCUUGGUUUCUGUAACUGGGUUAAUGGAUUACGCUAAUCCCUUCUACCCUUACCUCCUUGUAUGAGUUAGGUUCUUGGCCUUGUAUCUCCUUCCUCCAUCACUCUGUCAUUGAUCAUGCAAUAUAGGAGAAAAAAGAUUACAGGAAGUAUACAAUUUCAAGAAUGCCUGGGGGAGGGGCUCCCUGGUGGUGCAGAAGUUUCAGUCACAGUACUGUGGGGCUGUCUGCAGCCACUGCAGCAUGGGUUCAAACUCUAGCGGGGGAGGUGACCUACAUGGUGCAGCAGACCUCUCCUGACUGGCCUGCACCUCCCCUUAGCAGUGUGUUUCAGUCGGUAUGCUUUUUCUGUACCCCACUCUUUUUUUGGUGAAGCCCCUCGCCCCCACACCUCUGGCCUGUACCCCAGUUCUUAUAUGCAUAAAUAGAUAAAUCUUUUUUGUUUUUUUAAGAUUAAUUUAUUUAUACAAGCACUAGGUACAGUCAGAAGCGCAGGAGGGUGAGAGAAUUCACCAGAGCCAGAGCAGGCAGACUGACGAAGUACACUGCUGAGGGGAGCAGCGGUCAUGGCAGGAGAGGUCUGCACGCCAUGUGGGACCCUUACCGGUGGCCGUGGAUCGAACCAGCGCUGCAGAGGCUGCGGGCAGCUUUGCAGCUCAGCGCUCAACCACUGCACCACCGCCACUGGGGAGGCCCAAUAGAUAAAUCUUUUUAAAAAAAAUGAUUGCAUGGGGGCUAGAGGGAGGUGGAGUGGGAGGAGAAGGAGGAGUCUGUUUACCAGAGAUAAUAGCAUACAUAAUCUAUACAUAAUCUGCUUAAACUACUUCUCAGAUCCCUUUGGAAUGUCUUGAUGUUAUCUUGAAACAUUUCCUAGGCCAUCCCUGCACAGAGACCAACACAUCCUAUCAAUGGCUACCUAGGCAUCCCCAGGCCUACUUCACAGUGGGGCCCGUAGUCCUUGGGGCCAUCAUUCAGUAAUGUAGUGUACAACUAGAUCGGUUUAAAUAUAGAUUAAUCAGAACAUUCCAGGUCAAGGUACAAACUGGUCAGAAUAUUCCAACAUAAUGACUGUGCCGUCAUUGAGGAAGAAAGAUCCAGGCACAGCACCCACACAUAUGAAUUUUCUCCAAUGUCUGUUUUCAGAUUUGAUAGUAGCUGUCUGAUGUAUUUUGGUGCUCCUUUGUUUGUUGAGUACAUAUUGAUGAGUGUUAUGUCUCCCUGUUGUAUUGUUCUCUUUAUCAUGGUAUAGAGUCAUUCCCCAUCUCUUUUUACUUUUUUAAGCUAGAUGUCUAUUUUGUUUGAUAUGUAAGUAUGGCUUUUCCUGCCUUCCUUUGGGUGUCGUUUACUUACAGGAUAGUUUUCCAUUCCUUUACUUUCAGUCUACCUUUCUCCUUGGUACUUAAAUGUGUUUCUAGGAGGCAGCAGAAGAUUGGAUUCAGUUUCCUAACCCAACUAUGUACUCUGUGUCUUUUUAUUGGUGAAUUCAGUCCAUGAAUGUUUAGAGUAAUUAUUUGCAUAUGAAAGUCCAUCACUGCCAUUUUGUUCCAAGAUGUGGUUCUUUUAAUUCCUCACUAAAUUGCAUUUGUCCCUCUCUCUGCUUUAGAUCCUAAAGCUUCUUUUAAUAUUUCUUGGAGGAGAGGUUUAAUGGAUGCAAACUUCCAAUCUCUCUCUUGUAUAAAAAGGAAAGCCUUGUAGGAUAGAGUAUUAUCUAGCAUUAUUUUUCCUUAUGAGUAUUUUGAAUGUCACUUCAUUAUCUUCCUGCCCAUAUUGUUUCUUCAGGGAGAUAUGUUUGUUUUAUCAGUGUUCUUUUAUAGGUUAUCUGUUUCUUCCACCCCAUCAGCUUCAUUAUUUUUUUCUGUAUCUUAGACUUUUGGGUUUUCACUAUUCUGUGACUGGCAGUAGUUUUCCUUUUAUCUAGGUAGUGUUACAGGGCAACCCAAAUAUGAAACGGGUUGCUUGACUGUGGGUCCUCACCCGUGAGCUUAAAAGGGAGUUAUAAUAAUACUCAACUGCAGGCACAAAACAAAAAGGUUAAUAAAGGGUUUAUUUACAAAAGAAGGGGAAAUGAAGAAAUGAUUAACUCAGGGACAAAUAUGGAGAUAAUUCAUGAAUGCAUCCUACUAGUUCCACUGAGCUGGAAUCCCAAUGGCAAAAAGCCAAGAGUCAAGCCAAGAGCUGAGAGGCCAUGGGGAACACCAAGGCCCACCUGUCUGGUUUUAUACCAAGCCUGGCUUCUUAGCUCCACCCUCAGUUCCCAGCAACUCUCCUUUGGGUGAUGAUGGGAUUUGUAGUUCCCAGGGUCUCAAUGGCUUUGGUCUGGAGUGGGGGUGGAGUCCACAAAACCCAUGUGGAGCUUGUUCAGGACAUAAUUUCCCCCUAACAGUAGCUUGGUGUUCCCUUUGCUUCCUGUAUUUCUAUGUUCAUUUCCUUUUUCAAGGUUGGGAAUUUCUCAGGCGCUAUUUCCCUUAAUCAAUUCUCAGUGCCAUUCUCUUUCUUCUCCAUCUUUGAUUCCUGUGAUUCAUGCUGUCAGAUAAUUCUCAAAGGAUUUCUUCAGUCCUUCCCCUUUUCUAUCUUGCUUCUUACCUCUUUUUGAUUCUUGAGAUCACUGAUUUGCUCUUCCACUUGAUUUAUUCUAAUUUCAUGGCUUUCUCCUGAAUUUUUUGUUUCCUCCUGUAUUUCUGUUAAUUUCCUGUUUAAAGUCACACUUUCAAUCAUUGUUGCUGAUUGGGUUUCUCAUAGUGUUCAUUUCCCUUUCUGAGAUUUGUUUAUUCCCAUUUUGACAUUUUCUUAACCAUGGUAUACUUGAAUUCUGCAUCUGAUUGGUCAAAGAGCUCUUCUAUGUGUUUGUAGUUUGGUUCUGGAGUUUUGUUUCUCUAGUGGUGUGUUAUUUCCCUGAUGGCUUGCCUGGCAUUUCAUAUUUUUAUUCCUGCCCAUUUUUGGUUGUGGAUUUUCUCUGCUGUAGUUUUGGGUUUUGUUGUGUGUCUUUUCCACUGCUUUGGGUAUUCAUUAGAUGUUGGGUAUAGUUACUGGAGUAUUGUUGGAUCUGGAGUGAUCCUAGAGCCUUCCCCAAAGCCCUUUGGCUUUGUUCUGAUUGCUGGGAGGGUGGGUGUGGCCAUUGGUUGUAGAGGGUCUGUCACUGGGACCUCAUUCCACCCAGGGAUGGUAUCAUUUUAAAAUAUAAGCAUUGGAAUGUUAUUCAAAAUAUAAAGAACAUUCUUUGACUUUACUUUCCCACUUCUGUUUGCCAUAAAAUUAUUCCGUUAGAGUUUUUAUUUUUAUUUUAUUUAUUUUUUUUGAAUAAUAAAUUUUAUUUUUAUAUUCCCCAUACAAUUGCAGCCCCCCCAUUCUGACCCCAAUCCCUCCCCUCCCACCCCCGCCCCCCUAAAAGUGUCUCUGGUUCAUAGUUUUUUGUUGAUUUUGAUUUUCACUUUCUUAUGUGCACUUAAUAAAAAAAUUAUGUGCUAAGUGUACUACCACCACUAUUACAUCAUAUAAGUCUGCUAAUUGGCAAAAUGCACUUAAUGGAACUAGUUUGGUAUAGUGCCAAAAACUAAGGCUUAGAAGUCAUACAAAAUCAUGUUGUGUUAUGAAGUUAAUUUUAUCUAAAAACUAAAGAAUUAUUUCGGGUCUCCCUAAGGCCAGUCAUUAUUCUGUGAUAUACAUGAGAGUAACAAAAAGACUAGUGAGCGUAGGUCUUGCACAAUGUUACAAACACCAUAUUUGAAAUCAAAAGACAUGUUAGUAUCUUGGCUGUGUCACUUACUAGCCACGGAAUCUUGAACAAAAUUAUUGAACCUCUUUGUAUGCCCAUGACCUUGUUUAUAAAAAUGAUACUCAUACUUUCUUCUCAGGUAUAUGUAAUGAACAGAUGUAGUAACAAAUAAAAAUAAUUGGUAAACUAUAAAGAUUGUUAUAGAAAUACGACAAUGCCAUCAGGAUGAUAUUUAGUGCUUUCUAAAUAUUGAAGAACUUUUUGAAACUGUGAAGGACAAUCAAAUGGUAGUGGUAUCAGAAAAGAAUGGGAGUGUUAAAAUUGGCAUUUGGAUUUCUUAUUAGGGCUAUGUUAAGAGGGCUAUUAUUAGUGAUAUCCUUUGUAUAGUGAUAAGUCGUAUAUUGUGGUUUGGUAUUUGAAACCUUCUUCAUAAUAUUUUUAAGGUUUUGACUAUUAAAGUUUCUAUCAUUGAAUACCAACGAUGUGCAUGGCAUUUAGAUACUGCAUGUACAAGUUGAUCGGUAGAAGUUGCAGGAGCAGAAAAAUUAGCAGCUGAUUCAUUGUAAGUCUAAGUAUUUCAUAUAAAGAAACAUGAGAAUUUUAGGUUAGAAUAGAUUGGGGGAGUUCAUAGUCAGGGUGGGAAUGGGAGUAGCAGUAGUAUUUUGAUGGUCAAAAGUGAUCUCUCUGAGUGAGCCAAAAGCUGCCAAGGGAAGGAUGAGAAGGAGUCAGUCAUGUGAAGAUGUAGAAGAAGGACAUUCUGAUGAGAGAAAACAGUAAGUCAUAUCUGUUCAUUUUAUUUAAACAUGUCAGAAUUUCUAACAAGGAAGCAGGAAGUGGGGUAAGCAUCAUCAUAAUCCCUUCUUUUCUGUGUUGAAGAUAUUUGUGAAGGCUUAGCACAUUUUAGAGAAUUAAUAAAUAUUCUUCUCUUAUGAAAGCUUACAUGCUUUUUUUUUUGAGUUAACAUAACUCAAGUUUUUGGUUAAAGACCUUAAAGAAGAGUAUUUGGAACUACUUUGCUAUUUUAUUCAAUUGUUUUCUCUUUUAGUAAAAUUUUUAGUAACUAAUUCAUUAAUGGUAAAUUUCACCAUUGAGUUUCCUUUCUUAAUAAAAUGUUGGAUUCCACCUUUUGUGAUAAAUCAUCAGUAUUUCUAUGGAAAUAAUAUGGUAUUGUAAACGGUAAAAGAAUAUUCUUCCAACUGAAUAGGCCAACAUCCACCACCUCAGACUCCCUUGCUGCAUAUGAUGACAAAUUCACAUAGCACUGAGGAGAGUCUGUGUUAUCUGAACAGUGAUAGGCAGGUUUAAAGUUAAGAUGUCUCUGUGAGAUUAGGUUGGCAGUCAGUCCUGGGACCAGUAGCCAUGAUAGUGCUGGCUCCUAGAAGGCUACGUAGAUCCUGUCAUUGAAGAUUCCAGGACUGAAAUGGGCAACGUGAGUGGUUCCGGUGGCAGCAACAAAUCUCAGCACAACUUGCUGGCUAGUGUUCCUGGAAGAUAUGACACUGAUAUCAGCCAGUUUCAAUGACAAUACAGCUCGAGCCACCUAUGGAAGCUACUUGCAGGUUAUCUUCAAAUUUGUGAUGUAAGUACCAUCACAUUUCCCCUUGUAGAUGUACUGUUCCAUUUGGAAGUCAAGGUUAGUGGCGCGUAAAUGGGUUCCUGCUGCAAGGAAUGUGAGGAUUUCCUCCUCCUUCAUUUUCAGGCCUGCAAGGGUUCCAGACCCUGUGAAAGUUUUGAAGGAAAAACAUUGGGGCGGGGGGAAUAUUAGUACUUAUUAAAAUCAUAAGAAACUGAGUAAAAUUACAAAAGUAGUGAAAACAAAAAGUUCUUAAAAUAAAUAAAGUAAUAGCAAUGAUCCCUAAUAUCAAACUUUGAUUAAAGGUUCAUGAAGGAAAGAAGCACGACUGUGGUGACUUGAUAUUAG